AUGGAUAUAAACAUGGUCGAUUUAAUUGAUAUUGAGGAUAUUGAAGCCGCUGAAAUGUUGGAAUUACCACGCCGACACAACAGAAGUCGUGUUCGAGUCAGUCCCAUCAUGGAAUUAUCCGAUGAAGAUUUCAGGCAAAAGUAUAGGUUUAAUAAACGUUAUGCAAUGAAAAUAGUGGACUUAGUAAAAGAAGAUUUAACUAGAGAUGCUCGAGGAUGCCCUGUGUCUCCCGAAAUACAAGUGUGUUGCGCAUUACGAAGCUGGGCUCGACAUGAAAUCCAAGAUGACACAGCUGAUUUGCACGGAGUCUCACAACCUUUCAUAAGCAAGAUAUGUAAAAAUAUUAGUGAUGUGCCGGAUCGU